AUGGAGGAGAUCCAUCUCGGUCUUGCGACGCUGUUUCGCCAGUACGACUUGGAUCUGUUCGAGACCGACGUGUCGGACGUCAGGCUCGCGCACGACUUCUUCCCCCCCAGUGCUCGUCUGGACUCGAAGGGGAUUCGGGUCACCGCGCGCGGAGUCGCGAGAAAGGAACCGGGAGAAGUGGCAGAGGUAGAACGAGGCACUUGGGCGUAG